CAGGGUUUCUCUUGUCACUCCGGACAUCUCUCCACUUUGAUUAUUGAUAUUAUAUUAAGUCCUGUACCUCCUCCUCCUCCUCCUCCGCCGCCGAAUAUGCUGCUCUCCUGCUCGUCCCCUCUCUCCUCCUCACGCUUCGACAUGCUUUCAUGCCUCGUCGUCCAUCAUCGCCAUGGCCGUGUCCGUUAAGAGCUUGAAUGGUGAUUCCAGCUUCCUCCUCACUUUCUCUCCUCCCGUUGCUCCAGUCGCCUCCUCUGAUUCGUAUCCCGGCUCUUUCACCGUCCUCGUCGACCCUUGGCUGACAGAGUCCACGCAAGUUUUUCAUCCCAAAUUCGCCUUGGUCCAUCACAAAACGAAGCCGUGUAUCGAAUCAUUGACCCAGCUGCCGCAUGAGCCCGACCUUAUCAUCGUCUCGCAGGACAAGCCAGACCACUGUAACCGCGACACUCUCUGCCAACUCCCGCGCGACCUCUCAUCGACUAUCGUUGCGACGCCGGCCGCGGCGAAGAAGAUAAAAUCAUGGCAGUAUUUCGACCCCAAUUGCAUCAUUGCCAUGGACAAGUACGAUGAGAGAGAUGCCGCGUCCGUCUGCAGAUUGGAGGUGCCUGCAUUCUCCCGGACAGGCCAUCCUGGCGAAGUCACUAUCGCCUGGAUGCCCGCGAAAUGGGACCUCACUGGUUCUCACCACGCCUUCGGAAUCACAUACCGCCCGCCCUAUAGUGUCUUAUCUGCUCCGGCUCUGUAUGUCAAUCUCCCGCCCACGCCUCCUGCCUCGCCCGCAUCGCUGCGGACUAUAUCAACGACGUCAUGCACGCUCUCACCCUCACCGACGAACAAUCGCGAGAAAACCCUAUCGGUGAUAUACUCGCCCCAUGGCGUGCCAUACGAUGUCAUCAAGCCGUACGCCUCCUCCCAUCUAGUGGAAGAAGCUGCCCUCCCCCUGAACCUGCUCAUUCAUGCAUUCGACCGUGUGGAGAAUCCGUGGUUUCUUGGCGGUAAUAUUGCACAUGGCUGUCCCGGAGGCGUGAACAUAGCGCGAAACCUUCUCUGCAAGACAUGGGUUGGCGCCCACGAUGCCGACAAGGACAAGUCGGGUAUCUCGGUCAAGACGGUCAGAAUCCACAAGUACAACCAGGACGAUGCGAGGAAGUUAUUGAGCAUCACCGACGGCGACGUCAGGUCCAAACCACCUCCAUUGCCUGAACUUAUCACACUGGGACCCGGCGCCGAGCACCGGAUUGUGAAUCGCUGAACCGCAAUGGUAUUACUGAUCUUCGUGAUCAGUCGACACAAAUUUUAUAUCCAUGCUAACGAAAUGUUGUGUGGACCGUAGU